UGCGAAAGGGGAGCUGCUGGAAUUCAAAUAGACUUUCUGGUUCCCAGCAGUCGGCAGUAAUAGAAUGCUUUCAGGAAGAUGACAGAUGCAGGGAGAAGAUGCUGUUUUGCACUAUCUUGAUUUGUUACGGCAGCCAACUUAUUGGCAUGAUGGAGUGACAAGAAAAGCAGCUGGCAUGGAAGAUGAACGAGAAGAUGUUCAAAAGAAAACUUUCACAAAAUGGAUAAAUGCACAGUUUGCAAAGUUUGGAAGACGUUACAUUGAAGAUCUUUUUAAUGAUUUCCGAGAUGGACGAAGACUUCUGGAGCUCCUGGAAUGCCUUACAGGCCAAAAACUUGCAAAGGAAAAGGGCUCCACGAGAGUUCAUGCUCUGAACAAUGUCAACAAAGCACUGCAGGUUUUGCAGAGAAAUAACGUUGAUUUAGUAAAUAUUGGCAGCUCAGACAUUGUGGAUGGAAAUCAUAAGCUGACCCUUGGUUUGGUCUGGAAUAUAAUCCUCCACUGGCAGGUCAAAGAUGUAAUGAAAAACAUCAUGGCUGGAUUGCAACAGACAAACAGUGAAAAGAUUCUGCUGAGCUGGGUUCGCCAAUCAACUCGUAAUUACCCACAGGUCAAUGUUAUCAAUUUCACCACUAGCUGGUCUGAUGGAUUGGCUUUCAAUGCACUCCUCCACAGUCACAGACCGGACCUAUUUGACUGGAACACUGUUGCUUCUCAACAGUCACCUGUACAACGAUUAGACCAUGCCUUCAGCAUAGCCAGGCAACACUUGGGCAUAGAAAAACUUCUUGAUCCUGAAGACGUUGCAACUGUCUGUCCAGAUAAGAAGUCCAUCUUAAUGUACGUGACUUCCCUCUUCCAAGUUCUGCCACAGCAAGUCACCAUGGAAGCCAUCAGGGAGGUGGAAACAUUGCCACGACACUCAAGGGUCACUAGAGAAGAGCACAUACAAGUACAUCAUCAACAGCAUUUUUCACAAGAAUUUUUAGAAACUGUUGAAGAAAAGACAUUUAGCACCUCACUGAUGGGGUCAGAAAUGGACCUUGACAACUACCAAACUGCUUUGGAAGAAGUACUCACGUGGCUUCUAUCUGCUGAAGAUGCAUUACAAGCACAAGGAGACAUAUCCAAUGAUGUAGAAGUUGUUAAAGAACAGUUUCACACCCACGAGGGUUUUAUGAUGGAAUUAACAGCUCACCAAGGACGUGUUGGCAAUGUUUUGCAAGUUGGAAGUCAACUUCUAACACUUGGAAAGCUUUCAGAUGAUGAAGAAAAUGAAAUCCAAGAACAAAUGAAUCUACUUAAUUCUCGAUGGGAAAGUCUCAGGGUAGCCAGUAUGGAAAAACAAAGCAAUUUACAUAAAAUUCUAAUGGACCUUCAAAAUCAGCAGCUAGCCCAAUUGGCUGAUUGGCUAACAAAAACAGAGCAAAGGACAAAGAAAAUUGAUUCAGAGCCCUUAGGUCCAGAUCUAGAGGACCUAAAGCGUCAAGUAGAAGAACAUAAGGCAUUUCAAGAAGAUUUGGAACAGGAACAAGUCCAGGUGAAUUCUCUUACCCACAUGGUAGUGGUGGUGGAUGAAAACAGUGGAGACAAAGCUACCGCUGCACUGGAAGAGCAGCUUCAGCACUUUGGAGACCGGUGGGCUGCCAUCUGCAGAUGGACAGAAGAUCGAUGGGUUCUUCUGCAAGAUAUUCUUCGUAAAUGGCAGCAUUUUGCAGAAGAGCAGUGCCUUUUUGAUGCAUGGCUUACUGAGAAAGAGGAUGCUGUGAGCAAAAUUCAUACAACUGGCUUUAAAGAUCAAAAUGAAAUGCUGACCAGUCUACGUAAAUUAGCUAUCCUAAAAGGAGAUCUCGAAAUGAAAAGACAAAUGAUGGGUAAGCUGAAUUCACUCAGCCAAGACCUUCUUGUAGCUGUGAAAAAUAAAGCAGUGGCUCAAAAGCUGGAAAGUCGUCUUGAAAAUUUUGCCCAGCGCUGGGAUAGCCUUGUGCAGAAGGUAGAGAACAAUUCUAAGCAGAUUUCACAGGCUGUCACUACCGCUCAGACAUCACUAACGCAGACAACUGUAAUGGAAACUGUAACUAUGGUGACCACAAGAGAACAAAUCCUGGUGAAGCAUGCUAAAGAGGAACUCCCACCACCUCCACCCCACAAAAAGAGGCAGCUCCUUGUGGAUUCAGAAAUUAGGAAGAGGUUUGACUCGGAUACAACAGAGCUCCAUAGCUGGAUGACCCGCUCAGAAGCUGUACUUCAGAGUCCUGAGUUUGCAAUAUAUCGAAAAGAAGGCAAUCUCUCAGAUCUCAGAGAAAGAGUCAAUGCCAUCCAGCGAGAAAAGCCUGAGAAGUACAGGAAACUGCAAGAUGCCAGCAGAUCAGCUGAGGCCCUGGUGGAACAGAUGGUGAAUGAGGGCCUUAAUGCUGAUAAUAUCAGACAAGCCUCAGAGCAGCUGAAGAGUCGCUGGAUUGAGUUCUGUCAGUUACUGAGUGAAAGACUGGCAUGGCUGGAGUACCAGAAGAACAUCAUUGACUUCUACUCCCAGCUGCGACAACUGGAGCAGACAGCAAUUACUGCAGAAAACUGGCUGAAAGCACAACCCGCACCAGCAACAGAUUCUGCUACAGUAAAAACACAAUUGGAAAGGUGCAAGGAUGAAAUCAUCCGCUUAUCAACCCUUCAGCCUCAAAUUGAACAGCUAAAGGCUCAAAGUCAAGCACUGAAAGAAAGAGAACAAGGGCCAGUGUUUGUGGAUGCUGACCUUGCUGCUUUUAUCAACCAUUUCAAACAAAUACUUGCUGACAUGCAUGCCAGAGAAAAGCAGCUACAGACCAUUUUUGACAGUUUGCCUCCUGUACACUAUAAAGAGACAAUGAGUACUCUACUUCUGUGGAUUCAGCAGUCAGAAACUAAGCUCUCCAUGCCUCAGGUUACAGUUGCUGAAUAUGACAUCAUGGAGCAGAGACUCAGGGAGCUCAAGGCUCUGCAAAGUUCUCUCCAAGAACAGCAAAAAGGCCUGAACUAUCUCAGCACAACUGUGGAAGAGAUGUCCAGGAAAGCCCCUGCAGAAGUCAGCAAGAAAUAUCAGUCAGAGAUUGAGGGAGUCCUUGGCCGCUGGAAGAAAUUGUCAGCGCAGCUGGUGGAACAUUGCCAGAAACUUGAGGAGCUUAUGACUAAGCUUCAGCGAUUCCAGGUUAACAAAGCUUUUUUACCACAAACUACUGUCUGGUUGCUUGUAGCCAUG